AUGAUUGAGUAUAUAAAAUGUGAGUGUACCAAAUAUGCUGUGCCGGAGGAAGAUUCUGAACCGCCAAUAAACGUCUCGGCCAACGCGCAGAACACGCUAGUGGCUUUUGUGAAAAAUGAAAAAUAUGUGCACGUGUCCAAAAUAACAAGUGGAAAGUUGUCCCCAUGUAAGACGAUAUUCCUGGCGAACAGGCACAAAAUUGUUGCCCUCGAAUGGUCGAGACAAAACGACCUUCUCGUACUCACCAUCGACAUGAAAUGCGUCAUAUAUAAAGAGGGAAAAAACGGACGAUGGAAACCCACCAAUGUUAGCAUCACAUCUGAGGAACUCCUACCUACUUGUGCCUGUUGGCAUCCACAUGCCCACUCCUUUGCCAUUGGAUUUGCGUCCGGCGUUAUAUUCAUUUGUUCUUCAAAGGGAGAAGAUACAAAAUGGAAAAUACAAAAGGUGGUAAAUCACUCUGGGAGCGUUUUGUUCCUACAGUGGAGCUAUUCAGGGCAUAUACUGUGUAGCUGCUCCAUGGACUCAUCUGCUCAGCUCGUGCGCACGUCGGGCACUGUGGACGAAGACACACCAGAUGGAGGAAAAACUAGGAUGCACCCCAAUAUUGACGAACUCGUCGAGGACAGUAACUUAAACAGCAACGACGUCAUCGGCAAGAUCGAAUGCGAAGGGCACGUCAUUCUGCAUAGUUCCUUUUCCCCAUCGAACAAAAGAGUGGCCGUAAUAGCAAGCAGCUUCGAAAAUAACCGAGAACACCAGCAAAUAAUAAUUUGCGACUACUUAAAGCCCAUGCCCAACACGGAGUUCGUUUCUUGGGUUGGCCAGACGAUGCAGAAGUGUCUUUUUUUGGAUGAGGACACACUGCUGGUUUACGGCUAUGAAAUAUUCCCCAUCCUUGUAGAAUGCCUGAGUGGGGAAUGGACCCUAUCGAAGGUGGUGCUGCCGCAGUUCUCAAUUAAAAAUUUAAGCAUUGAUUUUUUCUAUGACAAAAAAAGCAUUCAAGACAUAGAGGACCAGUGCCAGAACAUGAGCGGGAACGAAAUAAUUGGAGAAAUAGUUGCUCAUUCGAAUAACAUCUUGCAGAUGUUCCUGUUGGAGCCGCUGGAGGGUCAAACAUACACCCAAUUUGUAACCGUGUCCAGCGAUUUUAAUGUUGUUUUUUGGCGUUUUCCUUGCAACAGCGUCUAG